AUGGUUGAUCUGGCGUUCAGCAAACGAGGUGGAGAUAGGUGCGGUGGUCGCGGUGGGGCGUGGUCGAUCGAUGAGGAAGAGCUUGAUCUGCUCGUCGAGGAGUACGCGUUGCCGCUCGAGCCGCAGUCGCAAUGGGAUGAUCUGGUCGAGGAAUCGAACCGCUACUUCAAGCGCCAGUACAAGGAGGUGCAACUGAGGAAGCGCGACGAGGACACCGCUGCCAGCAUCGCUUGCCAGCACUUUAAUCUCAAUCACGGGGCUUCUACGUCCGCGUCGAGACAAUCGAUACCGAGCCGCAUCGCUAGCUUGUUUGAUAUGACCGCCGCCGUCGUAGCUGCCUACUUCACCUCCGAGCUGCGCGACUGCCUGCCCGACGACGUUCUCACCGCGGUGCAGAGGCACAUGACCAAGGAGCGGCAGAUCGAGUGCCUCCACGAGUACAAGCGCUGGGCCGACGAUGGCGGCCACCCCGGUGCUGCGACUACGACUACGGCUUCGAAGACCAAGACGCUCGUCAAGUACUGCCCCUACGACGCGCAGGGCCGCAAGCACGGCCAGGCCCUCGAGUGGCGCCCUUCGAGCGGCGCCCUGUGGCGCUCCACGCGCUUCGAGUUUGGUCUGCGCGCGGGCGACUACGUCGAGUACUUUGCCGACGGCACCAUCAAGGCGCUCGAGGUUCAGUACCGCGACGAGCGCGUCCACGGGCACGUCAAGUGGUGGUACGAGAGCGGCCGCCUGGCCGGCCAGCAGACCUUCGUCCACGGCCUCAAGCACGGCGCGGGCCACGUGUGGCGCGAGGACGGCAGCCUGUGGCGCUCCAAGAACUACCGCGACGACCGCAAGCACGGCAUCUGCCGCACCUUUGACGAGGCCGGCCGCGUGGUCAAGUCGAGCCGCUACGACGGCGGGCGCAAGCGCAAGGCCGGCGCCGCGGAGCUGACCACCAGCUGCCCGGGCGUCAAUGCGGCCGCUGUCGUUCCCGCGUCGUGGGAGCCGUCCCUGAUCGGCAGGGUCUAG